UGUGUAAUCUGUUCUGCACGCUUUAUAUCAGGGAUUACACGCCCAUGUGCGUCUGGACUCCUUCUUUAUGCUUCACUAAUUCUGCUUAACAAGCAGGAUAACAAUGACAUUAAAGCUGGGAUGGAGGAAAAGCCCUUGACCAUAAGUCGGUGAAUCUUUUAUUUGUCGUUCAGCACCACAGGACACCGGAAGAUGAAGUUUGCGUGGGGUUCCAGAAACGCCGCUGCCGUCGCUCCUGCUGCUGCUGCGUAAAAGGGGCGUUCCGCAGCCUGGAAGCGUCUCUCCCUGUUGGCGGCGGCAGGUGUGCUGGGUUGAAACCUGUGGCAGACCAAACGCUCACAGAUGUCUCCCACCUCAGUCAACAUGGGCUGGAUUCUCUCAGCUGCAUGAACCGCCCUUCACAGUCGCAGCCUGCCCACACAGGUGUGAGAGAUUUGUCGUUGACGCGCCUCACUUCAGCGACAGACAGUCGUCCGUCUGCCGUCGACCUGGUAAACCCUCAGUGUUUACGUGCAGUUUGGGACCGUGUGGCUGCUCCAGACACGGAGCGACGCGCGGGUUUGAUGUCGGAGUGACAAUAAAACCCUUAUUGUUGCGUUUUUCGCCCGUCGCGCCGCUGACAACUUGUGUUUUACGCACAAGCAGCGUCUGGAAUUACCGCAACCUGGCAACUGUGGCACCGCGGAGCACCAAGCCCCGGGAGGACGGCGGAGCCCCACGAGUGUAUGUCGUCCUCGGUAACAGCGGCAAGAUGAGAUCUCCAGUCGGCCGGGAGAAACGCUGUGGAAAAUUUAUUUGGCUGCGCCACUUCGCGCUUAUUUAACUCCUGCAAACCGAAGGCGAAUAUUACCAGUCAAACAAUUCGUUGCUCGUACAGGGAGCCACCAUGUCCAGAACGCUUAAGAAGAAGAAACACUGGUCCAAUAAAGUGGUGGAGUGCGCGGUGUCAUGGGGGAACCUGGGGGACUUCGGCUCCGUGGUGGAGGUUCUAGGAGGAGCAGAGCUGGGACAGUUCCCUCAUCUGGGCCAGAUGAAGCUGGACGUGCUGGUAUGUCACGUCGGGAAGCUGCCCUACUACGGGGACGUGUUGUUGGAGGUGAACGGGACGCCCGUCAGUGGACUUACAAACCGUGACACCCUGGCUGUCAUCCGCCACUUUCGGGAGCCGGUUCGUCUAAAGACCGUCAAACCAGGUAAAGUGUUGAACACGGACCUGCGCCACUACCUCAGUCUGCAGUUUCAGAAGGGUUCGCUGGACCAUAAGCUCCAGCAGAUCAUACGGGACAACCUCUACCUGCGCACCAUCCCCUGCACCACACGUCUUCCUCGUGAAGGUGAAGUACCCGGUGUUGACUACAACUUCAUCAGCAUCGGUGACUUCAGGAUCUUGGAGGAGAGCGGACUUCUACUGGAGAGCGGGACCUACGAUGGAAACUUCUACGGGACUCCAAAGCCUCCAGCAGAGCCCAACCUGGUGCAGCCUGACCUAGUGGAUCAGGUCCUGUUUGAUGAAGACUACGGUGGAGAGAUUCCCAGGAAGCGCACCACCUCUGUCAGUAAGAUGGACCGGAAGGACAGCGCUGUCCCUGAAGAGGAAGACGACGACGAGCGACCGGCGCUGGUGAAUGGAUUACCAGAGCACAAAGAGAGGGCGGAGUGGAGGAAAGCCGUGCCCAGCUACAACCAGUCCAGCAGCUCCGUGGACUUCCGUACGUGGAGCUCUCUUCCUCGCGAUGACAGCCUGGAGCCUCUGCCCUACAACUGGGAGAUGGCCUACACCGAGACUGGCAUGGUCUACUUCAUAGAUCACAACACCAAGACCACCACGUGGUUGGAUCCUCGUUUGGCCAAGAAGGCAAAGCCCCCUGAGAAGUGUGAAGACGGAGAGUUGCCUUACGGCUGGGAGGAAAUUGACGACCCGCAGUACGGCACAUACUAUGUGGACCACAUCAACCAGAAAACCCAGUUUGAGAACCCGGUCCUGGAGGCAAAGAAGAAGUUGAGCCAAGAAACUGCUGCAAACCAACAAGUCGUGGCAGCUCCUUCCCAAGGUAAAGGAGGGACCUUUGGUUUUACCGCCGACCCCAGCCAACUGAAGGGGGAGCUGUACCACACGGCGCUGAAGAAGAGCACUCAGGGAUUUGGCUUCACCAUCAUCGGAGGCGACCGCACAGACGAGUUCCUGCAGGUGAAAAAUGUGCUCAGCGAUGGCCCCGCUGCCCUGGACAACAAGAUGGCAUCCGGUGAUGUGAUUGUUGAGAUUAAUGGGAUGUGUGUUUUGGGAAAGACUCACCCAGAGGUGGUGCAGAUGUUCCAGUCCAUACCCGUCAACCAGUAUGCCGACAUGGUCCUUUGCCGGGGCUACCCGCUCCCCCCAGAUCCCCAGCAGGCCCUCCACGGGGGAGAGGUGGUGACAGCUGUGCCCCUCAUCAAUGGGCAGCCGCUGCUGGUGAAAGGUGACGUCCUUCACGGCUCCUCUCAGGAGCUUCACUAUGUGACUACAGAUUCCAGCGGCCGCCCCGUCGUGGCCGCCAUGCCCAAUGGGAGGCAGGGGGGGGAGCGGGCCCUGAACAUGCUGCAGCCAGAGCUGGUGAGUGUGCCGCUGGUCAAAGGGCCAGGAGGGUUUGGGUUCGCCAUCGCCGACUGCACUCUGGGCCAAAAGGUGAAGAUGAUCCUGGACGCACAGUGGUGCCGCGGACUCCAGAAAGGAGACAUCAUUAAGGAGAUCAACAGGCAGAACGUGCAGACGCUGAGUCACGCUCAGGUCGUGGACAUCCUAAAAGACUUUCCGGUGGGCAGCGAGGUUAAUGUGCUUGUCCUGCGAGGAGGUCAGACAUCUCCUGUGAAGAGUCUAAAGCCUAGGCCAGAAAUGAUGGCCAGUACGGAGACUUUGGACGAUGUGGCUGACUCCGCCCCCCAGGCCUUACCUUACCACUCCAACACAAGCACCCUGCGCUCCAUCGACUCCCCCAAACGUGAGGCCACAGAGCUGUACCUGAAGUCCAAAGCCCUGCUGGAGAGCAGACAGCCUCACACCAAAGACAUAGAUAUUUUUCUAAAGAGAGACAUUGAAACUGGCUUUGGCUUCCGUGUUCUGGGGGGAGAAGGUCCACAACAACCAAAUGUCUUUCCCCAGGUCUACAUCGGGGCCAUCGUGCCCAACGGAGCAGCAGAGAAAGACGGACGUCUGAGAGCAGGAGAUGAGCUCAUCGGCAUCGACGGGGUGAUAGUGAAGGGCCGUUCACAUAAACAGGUGUUGGAUCUCAUGACAAACGCUGCCCGCAACGGUCAAGUGAUGUUGACUGUUCGAAGGAAGGUCAUCUACAGAGAUGUCACAGAGGAAGAUGUUCAGGAAAUGGCUCCAGUGCUAGUUAAUGGUUCACCCAAACUACCUCGUCUACCCAUGCUCAGCGCCCUGGACCACGAGUCUUUUGACAUCACGCUCCACCGCAAGGACACGGAGGGCUUCGGCUUUGUCAUCCUCACGUCCAAAUGUAAACCCCCGCACGGAGUUAUACCACACAAAAUUGGUCGAAUCAUCGAAGGCAGUCCCACUGACCGCUGCGGCCUCCUCCAUGUCGGCGAUCGUAUCUCAGCGGUCAAUGGCCAAUCUAUCAUCGAGCUGUCUCACAGCGACAUUGUUCAGCUUAUCAAGGAAGCCGGCAAUGUUGUCACUCUCACCGUUAUUCCUGAAGACGAGUACAAAGGCCCUCCCUCUGGUGCCAGUUCAGCCAAGGCCAGUCCGGCUCUUCAGCACAGAAUCAUAGGCCAAAGGUCAGCACUUCAGGAUGAAUGUUUUAACCACGACUCAGAGGAGAAAUGGGACGGACUCACCUCGUCUGAGCUCGGGACGCUGUGUGUGACUGGACCCAACCAGGGUUGUCUGACUGUGGAACUGGAGAGAAGUGCCAGGGGCUUUGGUUUCAGUCUGCGGGGAGGAACAGAGUACAACAUGGGCUUGUACAUUCUCCGACUGGCUGAGGAUGGGCCUGCCCAGCUGGAUGGAAGAAUCCAUGUGGGGGAUGAAAUUGUGGAAAUCAACGGUGAGCCGGCGCGCGGCAUUUCUCACACACGGGCAAUUGAACUGAUCCAGGCUGGAGGAAACAAAGUGGUUCUUCUGCUGAGACCUGGAGCAGGUCUGGCCCAGGACGGCAGUCGACAUGAUCAGAAAGCCGUUUCACCCGCAAGCAGCUCCAGUGAGGUGUUUUACUCCGACACAUCCCCCCUAACCUCUCCAUUCCCCACCACCUCUAACCUCAUGUCCCCACCUUUCUCCGGCAAACCGAAGCAUUCCCGCAGCUGGAACAACACAUCCCCGCAAGGCCUCAAACCCCGCAACGGCAGGCUGUUGAGCUCGGUAGAGGAGAGUGGUGAGUGGGCCGACCAGGAGACAUCCAGUCCCCCUACCACCUCACCCGAUCACAAAAAGUUCUACAAGAGGACCAGGCCUAUAAAGGACUUCAGAGACGUUAGCGGACUUAAGAAAACAGGGGAGACGGUUCGUGAGGCUAAAGAGCAAAAUCUCAGUCUGACAAAGACGGAGAGUCGGGAGGUAACAGCAGGUAGGAACAGGAUUUCUCACACAAACACAAAAAUAGAAACUGCUAAAAAUAGGAAGUCUGGAACUCCUCAGUCUGGGCUUCAAGUGACUUCAGCUCUGCAGCGUGCAGAGCAUCAGAGGAGAUUACGGGACUCUUCCAGCAAAGAGAGCUUAAGUCAUGAGAAGAAUAAUGGUAAAGAGCGGAGCCUUGAGCUUAGAGGUUACACAAAAGAAAGGCAGAUGGUACAGAGCGACGGGAAGAAGAGGCAAGAACCGGAAAGAUUUGAAAGGAGACUGGCUGGAGAACCGCAACAUCUGCGAGCGUCUCCUCGUACCGUCAGAGAGAACCAAAAAGCUUCAAGCAAAGAGUCAGGGCAGAGAGAGGCUAAUGGCCGGGGCAGAUCUGUGGAACAGUGCACCAGGGGUAAAGAGAUUGUGGACAAAAAAGACACAGAAAAAACACAGAGUAGAAAAGUUUCUGUCAUUCAACCGAGAGAGGCCAAAGGAAGACAGGAUGUCUCGUCUCAUUACAAAGACAACAGCAGUACAGACGACUCCGGGACCUCUGUGAACAGUAUUCCAAGGAUCACACUGGCCUCACAGGGUCAGAUUAGCCCUGGUCCGUGGAAAGUACCGAGCUCAGCAAGAAUCCUGUCCCAGGAAGAAAUAUUCCGUGACCCGUUAUGAUGGAAUAUGAAUCCGACUUGAGCUGUGCCAUUAGAUAUAUGACAAUACCUUUAGCAGGCUGUUUUUCUGCAUUCUUCCAUGAAACAGAGGAGUACAACACAGUGCCACUUUUAUUACCUUUGGACCUCGUGCAGAUCUCAUUUUUUCUAAAGAUCUGUUUUUUCCAGAGUCAUUCAACACGUCCUACGUGGCAUGUAGCAGCGCCCCCUGCCUAGUCCGCUGCUUCAGAAUCCUCCUUUGUGGGACUCCAGCACGUGCGGCAUGCUUGAAGCUUUUUCUUUAAAAGAAAAAAAUGUAAAUACGCUACUUGCUGAUCUGAUCCUGCGUCUCCUGUGGAACAACCAUUACCAACAAAGCGUCACUCAUUGCAAUGCAAUAUUGCUCCAUAUGCAGAGACGGAAUCACCUCUCCUCGCCCUGCCUGUGAUCAAAAUGUAGGUUCUCUUUUGCCGUCAUUCUGGAGAAAACUGCUCCUUUUCUUUUUCAACUGCAUGAACCUCUUCCUCUCCUGAUUCACUGCAUGUGUUUUGCACAUCACUGAGAAUGAUCUUUUUACUACUUUAUAAUUCCCGUCCUGAGCAUUGGGCAAAUUCAGUUACAAAAAAAAAAAAACACAACCCAGCAAUCAUUCAUUUCACCAGGGACCUUUAACUUUUCCACAGUUCCAGACAGAACUUGUCUCCAAACAAACUGCAUCAUUAAAAAGACCAGAAACUUGUGGAUUGAGAUCUUGUUUACCAUGUGUAUAUUAACGACCAGUGUGUCAUUUACUACGAUGAUAGAUACUAUAAAUAUAUAUAUAUAUAUAUUAUAUGUAGCUGUACCAAACCAUUCCACAUUUUGAUAACAACUUCAAAGAUUCAUCCCAGUUGAACUUUUCAGCUCGUUUCCAGUGUACUGUGGUAGGAGUUACCGCAGGUCUUUGUAGGCCGUAAAACGUAUAGUUAGCGUGCAUUAACUUAGACAUACGUUCGCUAAUACUUGGGCAUAGGUUUGUUAAUACUUAAAAUGUGUUUCAAAUACAUAUAUGUGUAUAUAUGUACGUAAAUAGGUAUAUAUGUAUAUAUAUACUGUAUGUAUAUAUAUACUCAUAUAUAAACUUACAUAUAUUUAUAUAUGUGUGUGUAUAUAUAUUAGGGCUGUCAAACAACAACACAUAGUAGCUAUUGAUUAAUCACUAACAACAAUGAUUAAUCAUGUAACUAAUCCAAAAGAUGGAAUUAUUAAUAUGGAAAAAGAUAUAAAGUAAAAUAUAUUAAAGUUGAACAGAAAGUUUAGCUUCAAAGAGUUAGUAAUCCGUAUCAGCCUUCAGUUCUGAUAGCCCAAUAUAUAUACUGUAUUUAUAUCGGGUCAAAAAGUUCUAAGACAUUGGCUUCUGCGAUGGGUGAAAGAUGGGUUUCUAUUUAACAUAGAUUCUUUUUUAUUUGGUGGGAAAAAAACAAUGUAAGCACUGAAUUUUGAAUUUCUCACAUUAUAACGUUGAAAAUGUGAUCAAUCAAAGUUGUUCAACACUGGAUAAAGACAUAAUGCUUUUAAAGCUGUUGAAGACGUCUGAGAGACCUGUCUCUGAACUUUAUGACUUGCAUUUUUUAUUGCACUGCAUCUGCCCUGAUAGCAUAUCAACAACAGAAUAACAGAAUGACCAUGAGUCUUAUUACAUUUGUGAUGUGGACUUGUUGUCCUUCUGCUAAGAUUUUCAUAUUAUGAUGUUUUUUCUUACUUCUCUCUAAAGCUGUUUUUGUUUUCUAAGAUUAUUAUAAUCCAAGGCCAGAUUGUGGAUAAUAUAUAUAAUACUGUGCAACAUUUGCAUCAGGCCUGCGGACCUUUCACUUUAUCCUAUCCAGAACGUCAAAAAAUACGAUUAUAAAGAUGUGCAAUUGUCCUUCGUGUUGUGCAACCGAUUGUCAGAGUACAUUAAGAGUUACGGAGUAUAGAGUUGUGUUGGUUUUGACAGAAAUCCUGAGAGUUAAAAAUGUUCUUUUUUUUCUUUUUGUAAAGGACCAGUGUGUCAAAUAAUCUGUAGCUGAGAAUUCAAGAGGAACUUGCCAGAAUGCCAGAAAACUAAGGAUCGUAUCGUUUUACUAUAUUUAGUGUUUGUGUUUACAAAAAAUAUAUAUAUUUAAGUAGCUGCAGUAUGCAACCUCACCACUAAGUCAUAGACACUGUUCCUGUACAGAAGAUUAAAUUAAAUGGCUAAGAUGAACAAGUGCAUUUGCAGACAAAACACAUACAUUUAAAACUUGGCUGUUAAUCUGAAGACAGCCAAGCUCCUGCUGUAACAUCAGUGAGGGUAGAUAACAUUGAUUAGCCACACUUAUCUAACCUCCUGGAACAUUAAUAACCAGAUGAGCUCAGGGAACGCUGUAUCGCGCAAAUACGUGAUAAAGAGUGUACGAGUGUCAGGCAAGGUCUCAGUGGAGAAGUGAGAUUUUAGGGGUAGAAACAUGGACUGCAUAGAAGAAAGGGACGUUGACAUCAGUGAAGUCCUGGAGUUUGAAGUGGACAUGAUGGGACAGUAACUCUGUGUGCGUGGAAGUCUAAGAUUAACAAAGGUUAAGGUAAAGAAAUAUUUUAUUAAAUACUGUUGGAUUUUUUUUCCACAACAGCCAUGCUUUAUCUUUGAUUUCAUCCCAAUGGGAUCACAUUUUUUUUAUAAACUUGAAAUAAAGUUUUAUUGAAGAAGAUAUUAAAAAAAGCAACAAAUAUUUAAAAAACAUUGCAAAGAAAAUCUGGCCCUAUUCGACCAUUCACACCGAGUUACUACCAGAACCAGCAGAGCACUGCUAGACUUGUUCUGGGACUGUGUUCAGAAUCACUAGUGGAUGUGCUGUCAAUCAGACCCUGGUGAGUUUCUGUGCAAUAGUGUGGUUGGUUGAUGGAGUAAAUCCAACCCUGAGUGUUAGGUACCGGCAGGUCUCUCUGGUCCAGAAUCAGAGGAUGGCCUACUCCUCCUCCUCCUCUUCCUCCCUUUCCUCUUCUUCUUCAUUCUCUUUCUCCACUUUUCUUUCCUAUUUCACCUUUGUAUCAUUCAGUGGCCUUGCAUCGCUUCAUUAGAGAGAACAUCCUUGUGCUAUCUUUUACAUCCUGUACGUAGGUAGUAGAUGUACUAUACAUGUUUGUACAUUGUACAGCACCUUUAUAAAUACUUUACUGCGUGCUUUUCCGGGGAGAGAAAAAGUUUAAGACAAAAAAAAUAAAUAAAAAAAUAGAGGUAUAUUAUAUCGCUCCAUUAUUUUUUUAAGGAAAAAAGGAAAAAAUAUUUAAAAUUGACUUUUAAAAGACAGGCUGUGAGCUCGACAUGUUGUUCUGUUCAUGCACUGAAAAAUAAAAUAAAGUUUUGCUGAAAAACA